GCGACCUGAAGUUCGCGGCGGUACUGUGCAGGAUCAGGUCUGCGUUAUGAAUCAGAUAUGUGAGGUUAUUUAGAUGUGUGACCUGGAUCCGGCAGAAAUCGGUUGAUGAUGUGAUGUGGAGCUGACGACAGAAACCGAGCGGAGACGAACGGAAGUCUUUUUGUGGGCCUGUGCGCGCGCGCUGGGAUGUUUUCAUCUAACGUGGAAACAAAAAGAGUGGAAAUCCCCUCCGACGUCUUGGAUGACCUUUGCAGCCGGUUCAUCCUGCAUAUUCCCAGUGAGGAGAGGGACAAUGCCAUCCGGGUCUGCUUCCAGAUCGAGCUGGCUCACUGGUUUUACUUGGACUUCUGCAUGCAGAACAAUUCCAGCUUACCUCAGUGUGGGAUAAGAGAUUUUGCCAAAGCUGUUUUCCAGCAUUGUCCGUUUCUCUUGCCUCAUGGGGAAGAUGUGCAAAAAGUUCUAGAACAGUGGAAAGAAUAUAAGAUGGGUGUACCAACAUAUGGUGCAAUCAUUCUGGAUCAAACACUAGAAAACGUCUUGCUGGUUCAGGGCUACCUUGCAAAGUCGGGCUGGGGCUUUCCCAAAGGGAAAGUAAAUGAGGAUGAAGCUCCUCAUGACUGUGCAGUUCGAGAAGUUUUGGAGGAAACAGGUUUUGACAUUAAGAACCGCAUCUGUAAAGAUAUGUACAUCGAGCAGAAAAUCACUGAUCAGUUGGUGCGGCUCUACAUCAUACAAGGAGUGUCAAAGGACACAAAGUUCAACCCCAAAACGAGGAAAGAAAUUAGGAACAUUGAAUGGUUUCCUGUUGAGAAGCUGCCAUGUCACAGGAAUGACAUGACCCCAAAGUCCAAACUUGGACUUGCCCCCAACAGGUUCUUCAUGGCUAUUCCAUUCAUAAGGUCACUGCGAGAAUGGAUUGCCAGACUGAAAGGAGAGUCUCCAGACAGUGAUGAUGAGUUUGCAAACGGCACACCGUCCAAACCUUCAGAAAGUGCUCGGUCAAAAUCGCGGCGCCUCCUGGGUUCUUCUGAUCCAUUCCCGGGAGACGGCUGGACAAAAUCAAAGCAACAGAAGGCUGUGGUUCAGCUGAGUCAGUAUGACCUGAAUCAGAGUCCAGGUUUGAAAGUUAACGCAAAGAAAGGUCAUGAAUCACCUUACAUGAAGAAAGGAGUUGGUGACAACGGAGUAGGCAGCCAGCAGGUGAAAUCCAUAUUAAAAGAUGAUAAAAGACUUCAGCCCAGAAGACUGCAGGACAGUUUUGACAAAGACACAGCGCAAUGCGGUUCUCCUAACGGACUCCAAAUCAAAGUCUGUGAGCAGCUCCUGUCUUCUAAGACUUUCCUGACCUUUAAGUUUGACAGAGAUGCCAUCAUGAAAUGUUUUGACUACUGAAUGAAGCACGAUGCCUCUUCUGUACCGUCGUGACUCCAUGUGGCCUCAGAGACUUUUUUUUAAAGCUCACAGUUAUGCUAUCGUUUUGAUUUUACAAUUCAGUGCUUGUCUCAGAAAUGUUUUGUAUGCUGAGUUAAUGUUUUUCUCUGUUCUAUAAAUUAAGAUUUUAUACUUCCAAAUACAUAGGAAAUAUAAAGGAACACUGAGGAAGAGAAAAUGGUCUCUUAAACGUGGGUGUGUUAAGGUUGUACUUCCAAUUUAUUCUGGCCAAAUUUCUCAGAAUUGUAGUUGUCAUCGAUCAUGUUAUCUGCUUUAGUAUUUAGUCAGGACGACAUGCAGCCAAAUGGGUUUCGGACCAUGUUGAAAAGUUACUGCUGACGUGUUCUCCCCCCCAAAAACAUGAAUAUAUUACUGUCAUAAAGUGAACACAAUCAAGACAAAAUGUAAUGGAAUCACUCGCUGUUUAAAGUAUUUAUAUGCAAAUAGUUCAUUCCACUCAGUUUAACUUUAUGAUUUUUGUUUUUUCAAGGAGAUACGUGUUUUCACGUGAGAUGUUUUACUGUGAUGUUGAGGUUCUUUGCCUGUUGGCUACAGUGAAAAUGUUGUGAAUUUCAGUAUUAAAGUUACUUUUUGCACUCUGUGUUUAUUGAAUAAAGUAGGUCUCUU